AAAUUAUGAACAGUUUGUAGUAGACUUUACUAUUCUUCGAGUCAAUCGUGUGUCGACAGAAUCGGUAGCACUAAGGAGAAUGAGAAGGAAGGAGUGACCCGCAACCACCCAAAUCACAUUCACACAGUCCACUACCACCACCACUGCCUUCUUCCUUUGUUUCUUCUUCAAUUCAAUUUCACGUUCUUAUCAUCAUUCACGAAAUUCAUUGCUUCUGCAAAUUGCAGUUAAAACAGAGUAUUCUCUUCUCCGUAAACGAUGAAGGGAAACCCUAACCCUAAGCCGGAAGAAGAAGAGAAGCGCCUACAAGAGGAGCUCCUCGGACCGAUCCUAGUAGCAGAGCGCGUCAUCAAACUAGCGGAGGAAGCAGAGUCAUCCAAAACCGUCUGCAGGGAGCUCGCCACCAAGGUCCAAAUCCUCUGCGAAAAUCUCCGAGCGGUGGUUCGCGCCGUGUCAGCCAACCCCUCUCUCAACGAGAGGCCGAUCCGCCGCAUGGCCGCCGACGUCUCCAAAUGCCUCGACAAGACGCUGUCGCUCGUCCGGAAAUGCAGGAAGCAACCCGGCGUGCUCCGGCACGUGUGGUCGAUGAGGACCACCGGGGACUUACGAAAAGUCUGGAGUCUUCUAGAGUCUUCCAAUGGUGACAUGAUGUGGCUUCUCAGCAUCUUUGAGUCUAAAGGGACUAACCUCUCGCUUCCUCCGAUUGCGAGCAAUGAUCCGAUUUUGGCAUGGGUGUGGACAUACACGUAUACUCUCCAAUUGGGUAGCGCCAAGGAUCGAGCUGAAGCUGCUACUGGGUUAGGUUCUCUUGCUAGAGACAAUGACCGGAACAAGUUCAUCAUCAUGGAGGAAGGUGGGGUUUUACCUCUUAUCAAGCUUCUUAAGGAUUCUGCUUACCCUGAUGCUCAGGUCGCGGCUGCGAAUGCUCUUGUCAAUAUAGCUUCGAAUCAACUCGGUGUGGUUCGGUUCCUGCUUCCCAGCCUUGCUGUCCCUGCCAUUGUUCAGGUUCUGUCCGAUUCGCCGUUUAGAGUUCGUGUUUCCGUUGCGAGUUUAGUCUCCACCAUGGCUGACCAGGACCCCGUUGCUCGCGAGGAGUUUGCGCGGGCAAAUGUGACUAGACCUCUGGUGUCGUUGUUGGCGAUGGAUACUGUCCUUGCCGACCCCAUGGCGGCUCGAACCAGCAGCAUUCAUUCCCUGGUUGUUAAUUUGUCCGAGGGAAAUUUGAAUGCUGCUGGUGGAAGAGGGGGUCAGCAGAAUAGAAGGGAUAGGGAGAAGGAAGGUGAGAGCGCGGAGUUGAGAAAUGCUGUUAAAACUAGCUGUGCUGAGGCUCUGUGGAAACUCUCUAAAGGGUGUCUCUUGACCUGCAAGAAGAUUAGCGAGACUAAAGGUUUGCUUUGUCUGGCUAAGAUUGUGGAGUCCGAGAGCGGAGAUUUGCGGUUCAAUUGUCUCAUGGCUGUCAUGGAGAUUGCUGCCGUGGCGGAGUCCAAUGCUGAACUUAGAAGAGUUGCUUUCAAGCCCAACACAACGGCAGCGAAGGCGGUUUUGGAUCAGCUCUUGAGGGUGGUUUGUGAGGAGAGCGAUUCUGCCUUGCUGGUUCCUGCCAUUAAGUCUAUUGGCUCCUUGGCCAGAAACUUCCCAGGAAAGGUUCCUCAAGUUAUUGGCCCCUUAGUUGCCCAGCUUGGCAACAGAGAUAUAGAUGUUGCGAGUGAAGCUGCGAUUGCAUUGGCAAAGUUUGUGUGCCCGGAAAAUUACAACUGCGUUGAGCAUUCGAAGGUAAUACUUGAGCUUGAUGGAAUCCCCAAGCUUAUGAGUCUGCUGCAGAUAAAUGAUCGGCAGCAAGUGUAUGGCCUGAAGUUACUAUGUUACCUUGCCUUAAACGUAGGGGAUAGUAAGAUUCUUGAGGAGGAACGUACCUUGAGUACUCUAGAGAAGCUUGCUCGUCCUGUUCUAUCUCAACAUCCUGAUUUGAAGGAACUGCUUGCAAAGGCCAUACACCACCUCACUCUUUAUCAGUCUGGGGCUCAGUUGCACAGACAGCCUUUGGGACUAUAGUGCCAGUGAUUUUGUUCAUCAUAAUAAUGAUUCUUGUAAGUGUUUCGAAUGGCAAAGUAAAUGUGUAAUGUAAUAGGAAAAUGAUUGAACAAUAUAACUUUGGAUGUGUAUAAUAUAACUUCACUUUCAGUA